CAAGCGUUGUCUCUUUUGAGUCUCGAUUACUUUAUCAGACUCCAAUCUCUUCUCUCCCUUUCUCUCUCUCUCUCUCUUAUUCGAAAGAAUUAUUCAACUUCAGUUUGAUCAUGAUUAAAUUCCUUUGCACUUCCGUGGCCGUUAUUAUCUGCUGCAAUUCAAUUUGAUCCAGUUAACUUGAAUUCAAAUUAGUGAUUGCAUGAUCAAGGUAAUUAACUGGUGGGUGGUAUGGCUAAAAUUAGAGACAGAACAGAGGAUUUUAAAGAUGCAGUAAGGCACACUGCUGUUUCCUUAGGUUACAAUGAGGCCAAAUUGGCAGCCAUUAUGGCGUCCUUUAUCAUUCAUAAACCACGGCAAAGGUCACCGUUUACUAAAGCUGCUCUUAAAACGCUUGAAAGCAUUGGAGCUUUAGAACAAUUUAUGUUGAAGCAUAGGAAGGAUUAUGUUGAUCUGCAUCGUACCACCGAACAGGAGAGGGAUAGCAUUGAACAAGAGGUUACUGCAUUUAUUAAAGCAUGCAAAGAACAAAUUGACAUUCUCAAGGAUAGCAUAAACAAUGAAGAAGCAAAUACAAAGGGAUGGCUUGGCAUCAAGGCUGAUACCUCCAACGCUGAUACUAUAGCACACAAACAUGGAGUGGUUUUGAUUUUAAGUGAGAAACUUCAUUCUGUCACUGCACGGUUUGAUCAGCUUAGAGCCAUACGCUUCCAGGAUGCUAUUAAUAAGAGGAUACCAAGGAGAAAAGUUAACCGGGCUGCAAAUAAAAAUACAAGCUCUGUUGAUUCCUCUAAAACAAACAAUUUAGAUUUUAUGGAACCUGAUGAAAUUCAGCCGGAGCCUCUUAGAGUUCAACAGCAAUUGUUGGAUGAUGAAACUCGUGCCCUACAGGUGGAGUUGACUAGUCUUCUAGAUGCAGUUCAAGAAACUGAAACUAAGAUGGUAGAAAUGUCUGCAUUGAAUCACCUCAUGUCCACACAUGUUCUGCAACAAGCACAACAAAUAGAGCUUCUGUAUGAGCAGAUAAUGCUUUUCUUCAAUUGCUGUUGCAUUCGAGUUGCUGUUUCAAGGCAGUUGAAGCUACAAAGAACGUAGAGCUUGGAAACAAAGAGUUGUCGCAGGCAGUACAGCGGAAUAGCAGUAGCAGGACUUUUCUCUUGCUUUUCCUUUUUGUGCUUACUUUUUCAAUCCUCUUUCUAGAUUGGUAUAGCUGAGCUUCUCAGAGUCCAUGUUGACUUUUGCAAGUACAGUUUUUCUUGUAGAUUUGAUUACAGUAAGGGGGGAAAUGAUUUAUUAUCAACAUGUGAGCAAAUUUACUUGAGAUUGCAUUUUCAUUGCUGGAAUCAAAUCUCUCUGUUUCAUACUGAAAUAGAGGCAUGCAUUUCUAGGCC